GUUAAUAAGCCUGCGUAUGCUGCGGCUAGCAGGUUAGGUGGUAGCUGUUGGCACUUGGGCAGCUAAUAAGGUUGGACUGAUGCUUCUAUUAUUACUUAAGGACUUUUAUCAUCUAGUAAAAUGAAUAUUAAACGUGGAUCACAGUGGGGUCCGAUUUGUAAAACCGCAGUGUGAGACGGAUGUUUCUGCCAAACGACGUGUUGUUUGUUUGCGGCCGAAUUUUCCGUUUUUGGCCGAGCUAGCUCCUCAAGCUAACCGCAGCUAGCUUGCUAGCAGCUGCUGAUGGCAGAACUGGAGCAGCGCUCGACCCGAAAAGCCUAGACUCUGGAUGGCGGCGGACAGCAAGCAGCACGAGUGAACAGCCAAUCAGCUGAGGCUACCUGAAGCAACAUGGCGUCUCGUCAUAGGAACUCUGUGCGGAUCCUGUACAGCCGAGAGCGGGGGUCCCAGACGGUGGGAUCGCAGAGGCUGCUGCAGCUGCUGGUGGAGGAGAAGGUCCGCUGGAUGAAAUGGCAGAGUCAGAAGGUGGAGCUGCCUGACAGCCCUCGUUCAACCUUCCUGCUGGCCUUCAGCCCCGACAGGACUCUGAUGGCGUCCACCCACGUCAACCACAACAUCUACAUCACUGAGGUGAAGACCGGGAAGUGCCUCCACUCUUUGGUGGGCCACAGAAGAACGCCCUGGUGCGUGACCUUCCACCCCACUAUUCCCGGGCUGGUGGCCUCUGGGUGCCUUGAUGGUGAAGUUCGAAUCUGGGACCUGCAUGGUGGCAGUGAGAGCUGGUUCACAGAGAGCAACGUGGCCAUCGCCUCUCUGGCCUUCCACCCCACAGCCCAGCUCCUUCUCAUCGCCACCAACAACGAGCUGCACUUUUGGGACUGGAGCCGCCCGGAGCCGUUUGCUGUGGUCAAAACGGGCAGCGAGACGGAGAGAGUGAGGCUGGUGAGAUUUGACCCUCUGGGUCACAACCUCCUCACUGCGAUUGUCAACCCGUCCAAUCAGCAGAACGAGGAGGACUCUGAGGUUCCUAUGGACAGUGUGGAGAUGCCUCACUUCCGUCACCGGUCCUUCUUGCCCCCCCAGCCUGUUCGCCGCACUCCCAUUCUGCACAACUUCCUCCACAUUCUGUCGUCUCGCUCCCCCGCCACCCAGCCUGGAGGCGAGCAGGCGAGAUCUGUGAGUGACAGCGGAAGCAGUAUGGGAGCAGAAGGUGCCAGCAUGCCCCUGAGCCAAUACCCCAGUUCUGAACGUGGACCACCCUUUCCGGGCUGCACGCAGCACCUGGGCAUGGUCUGCCUGUGUAGCCGCUGCUCAGUCAAUCGGAGCCCCUCCCUGACUGCUGAUGGCCUCCCUGUGGCUCUCUCUGAUCCCAGGACUUCGUCUGACGCCACUGCUCUCUCCAUGGCAUCCACCUUCUCCUCAGCGCGCACAGAACCCAGACAGCCUUCAGAACGACCUUCAGCCUUUACCUCCGUCUACUACAGCGCCGGCGCCUCUUUGAACCCCAUCAUACCUGGAGGGCUCGAACCACAUGUCAACCCCAGGCCCACGCCUGACUGGACUCGCAACCUGCUGAGCAUGAGAGAAGGUGGGGCUGGUCCGGGCAUCCUGCCGCCCAGAACCUCCUCCUCCUCCAUCAGUCUUUUGUCGGUGCUUCGCCAGCAGGACGCCCCUUCCUCGUCUCCUGUGUAUACUUCGGCCACUGAAGGUCGAGGUUUCCCCCAAUUGGGGGAGUCUGGGGUCCGGGACGCUUCAGGGACGAGCAGCGGGCAUCACCCUUUCUGGGAUGGCUCUCGCACCAGCUCCGCCUCCUUCCGUAACGUGCUGCGGUGCAACCUAAGCCGCUACUUCCUGGAGAUCGACCGUAUCGACAUCGACCCAUCUCUAGGAGGCAGUGUGGCGGAUGGAGGCCAAGAGCAGAGCCAGGAGCUACUGAACAACAACAUGGACCCAGACAGGCCGGGACCCUCCUCGUCCUCCUCCACGCCCACCAUCAUUCACUACCAGCCUCCUCCUCCACCUCCUCCAGUCUCCCACAGUGUGGAGAACAACGUUCCUCCUCCAUCCUCGCGGGGCCACUUGAACCGCUGCCGAGCCUGCCACAACCUGCUGACCUUUAAUCAUGACUCUCAGCGCUGGGAGCGCACCAACCAGACCUCCUCCACCUCUGCCUCUACUCCAGAGGCCCCCUCCUCUUCAUCAGCAACCCCCUGGCAGCUGGAUGAACAUAGAAGGGCACUAGAAGCUCAUACCCAGGAGAGGAGGGGGCCUCUGGAGUCCAGUGAGCAGCCGCCUCCUCCCCCCGCGGGAGGAGAAGGAGCAGCAGUUACAUUUCCCGUUCCCCCACCCUCCAGCCAGCAGGGGGAGCAGACCGUGGGUUUGGUGUAUAACCAGGACACCGCACAGUGGGAGAGGGUGUACCGGCAGGCCACUGCCAGCCGGAUGGCAGAUGCACCAGAGGCCUUAAGCCAAGAAAUGCCUGUUGACCCCCCUGAUGAGGACUCUCUGAGAAGGCGGCUGCUGGAGUCAUCGCUUUUAUCUCUGUCUCGCUAUGACAUGUCCGGAUCCAGAGACCAUCCCAUCUACCCUGACCCCGCCAGACUUUCUCCCGCAGCGUACUACGCUCAGAGGAUGAUCCAGUACCUGUCCAGACGGGACAGCAUUCGCCAGCGCUCACUGCGGUACCAGCAGAACCGCCUGCGGGCCAUGUCUACGUCCUCUGACAGUCCCCCCAGCAACCCAUCGAGCUCCAUGGACAACAGCGAUGUUGACUUUGAGGAGUUGGAUGAUAAUGCCGACCGAGCGAGACACAGGACGCCACGGAACGCCCGCAUGUCUGCUCCCUCUCUGGGUCGUUUCGUCCCCCGCCGUUUCCUCCUGCCUGAGUACCUGCCUUAUGCUGGGAUCUUUCACGAAGGACGAGGACAGCCCGGCCUGGCCACACACUCAUCUGUCAACAGAGUGCUGGCUGGAGCAUCGAUCGGAGACGGUCAGUCUGCCGUUGCCAGCAACAUCGCCAACACUACGUACCGCCUGCAGUGGUGGGACUUCACAAAAUUCGACCUGCCGGAGAUCAGCAAUGCCUCGGUCAACGUUCUGGUGCCAAACUGUAAAAUCUACAACGACGCCAGCUGUGACAUCUCUGCAGAUGGUCAGCUACUAGCGGUCUUCAUUCCCAGCAGCCAGCGUGGUUUUCCAGAUGAGGGCAUCCUGGCCAUAUACUCUCUGGCUCCACACAACCUAGGAGAGAUGCUUUACACCAAGAGAUUUGGUCCCAAUGCCAUCUCUGUCAGUCUGUCUCCCAUGGGCUGCUACGUGAUGGUGGGACUGGCCUCUCGUAGGAUCCUGCUGCACCCCACCACAGACCACAUGGUGGCGCAAGUCUUCCGCCUGCAACAGCCGCAUGGAGGAGAGACAUCCAUCAGGAUGGUAUUUAACGUGGUUUACCCCAUGGCGCCAGACCAGAGGCGCCACGUCAGCAUCAACUCUGCUCGCUGGCUGCCAGAUCCAGGGAUGGGUCUGGCAUACGGGACCAAUAAGGGAGACCUGGUGAUCUGCCGGCCCGUGUUCUACCGCAGUGAAGGAGAGAAUCCCAGUGAGGCGAACAGUGAACCCUUGUUCUCCGUCAACAAUAGUGGAACAAGCCGGACUCGAGGUUCUGACAGAACCGGACCAAACCGCACUGGUUGGAGGCUGGACAGAGACAUGGGACUGAUGAACGCCAUCGGUCUUCAGCCCAGAAACCCCGCCCCUUCAGUAACGUCACAGGGAACCCAGACGCCAAUCAUCCAGCUGCAGAAUGCUGAGACGCAGACAGAAAGGGAUCUUUCAGAACCCAGCGUGUCCCACCCACCUGCAGGUAGGGCUCCUGAAACUCCAUCCACAAGUCGAGCAGCCCAGGUGGAGCUGGAAGGGGCAGGAAGCAGCAGAGCUGAAGACCGGGUCCAGGUUGAGGUCUCAUCUGAGGCCCACGGCUCUGCGGCUGGUUCUGGUCCAGCAGAGUCUGCAGAGUUUGGUUCAGGGGAAGAUGCUCUGGCUCGAAUUCGGCGGCUGAUCGCGGAGGGGGGCAUGACAGCAGUGGUCCAGCGAGAGCAAAGCACCACCAUGGCGUCUAUGGGGGGCUUCGGAAACAAUAUAAUCGUCAGCCACCGCAUCCACCGUGGCUCCCAGACUGCCUCUGGUGCCUCAAGGCUCAUUGCUGAAUCCUCCUCACGACCUCUCCAUGUUGUCCCAUCCCAGCCCUACCCCCACCCUUCAGAGACCCCAACCCCAUCUGAGCAACUCACCCCAAUGUGGGGCUCCCGGGUGCUGUCGGGCCCCCAACCUGCAGGCCUGUCUGUGGCUGUGGAGAUGGAUGACGUCUUUGACGGGGUCCAAACAGAUGAUGACUCCUUGCCAGGCCCCUCCUCCCUGCUGUUGUCCUCCCCCUCUUCGUCGUCCUCAUCCUCGUCAGCUCACAGCCCCCUCCCUGGCAGUGGGGGGACUCCAAACGCUUUUUCUGGUGACCCGUACAGCAGGUAGAGACCCAGCGUGCCCCAGCGUGCCUGGGGGUGGGCGUGGCCCACAGCUUUACCUGCAGCCUACUCUAAAGGUGCUGCCCGACUCUGAACGGGGUCUCCUGCGUAUAAAAAGAAGGGGCCCACACUCCAAGUCAUCACCUUCGUCCCCUUGCCCCCCUCCUCUGUUCAUCUGGAAUGGCAUCCGUGAGGAUGAGAAGCAGACUCUUCCUCACUGGCUUCCAUAUGAAGAAGUGUGUGGAUGAUGGAGGUUCGAGGAGGGGGGCUAGGCGGGUGCAGCUCCAUGGCGAGGACCCAACAGACACUCCUGCAGUUAAAGAACCUACAUGGGGCUUUUUACCCCGCAGAAGAUGGAAGAAACCACUUCCUGUUGGAAAAGAGCGGCCGCGCAUCCCCCCCCUGUCAGUUGCACUAGCGUGUGUUUGGUGCUGCCCUUGUUGGUUUGUUUGACCCAGGCUUUAAGUGAGCGAUUUUUAAAGUCCUCAUGUUUGAACUGAUGUAGGGGUUCUUUCCAGAACCACGGCUGCAGCAGGGUCCGAAGGUACCGAACGCCAAAGUUCAAGCAUUUUCGGACUUCCUCUCUCCGUGGACGAGCAGGGAUACACUGAUCUAAAUUAUCAGCCAGCAAGAACAAAGUUCUGGUUCCUUUUUGAGAGUUUGGACGUGAAGAGACUGUUUACAAUUGAUACCUUUGAUUCAAACCUGCUGGUCCAAAGUUCUUCAUCCUGAUGAGAUUAAGGAGUUCCAAUCAUUUUGGUAGGUUUGCUCAAGCAGAGCAGUGAAACCGGCUUAGAUUCCACCUGGAUCUCACGGAGUCGAGCUGCUGGGGACUCCUGAAGGCGGAGCUUCAGCCCGAUGGGAGGGGCUUCCGUUCUGGAUUUAAAACCCUUUGCAGCUGCGCAGCUCGGGUUGUCAAGAAAUCCCCUCCCACACUGUGUUCCUUCAAAAAAGCCUCCACUGAAAUCUCUUCCGUUCUAAAUUAUGCAGAGUAAUUGGACCCGUCAGUAACAAUGAUGUGGAGGGAAAACUCUUUUAUUCUCACCUGUAUUUCCUGCGGCGUAGGUGAACUCAGGUGCCUCGUUUCCCUGAAAACCUGGGGUCAGGAAGCAGGACAGUGCAGCAGAUGAUGGAUCUUGAUGCUCCUCCCUGGUUUUACUUGAUGCUCGAAUGUUCUAGACCGGUUCGUGUCAGCUGGUGUGCAUGUGCGUGUGUGCGUGCAUGGUUUCAGCUGUUUAUUACAAAGAUGGACCUGUGUCAGUGUCACUGUGGAGUUUGACUUUUAGACGUGAUGGAAUUAAAGAACUUUGAGAGUUUG